GUUGAUAUAUAAAAUUGUACAGGUAAUCUGACCUUAAACUGUCAUACCUGUGUGGCCCGGUAACUAGCAGUAGGGGAAAACAAUCUAUAAAUGUAAUAGUCAGAAGGGGGCGUGGCAAUCAUGUAAACAAAGUAAUGGCAGACGAAGUCGUUGCGGGAAUAGUGUCUUCUCUUAAAGAACUACUUGAUGAAGAAGAGCAGUUGAUUAAAUAUAGUAGGAAAAUUUUGAGAGAGGAGAAUGGUUUCUCAGUAUUCGUAGAUGACAAAAUAAAGAAAUUGUUUAGUCUUGCGUUUGUUUACAAAAAUAUAUUCCAAAAGCACGAUGUCAAAACCAAGGAGGAAUUUGAACGAUUGAUCAGAAAAUAUUUUAGACAUUCAGAUGUUAGAGACUUGCACGAUGAAUUAGUUGACACAGAGGUGGAAUGGGAUUCUAUACUAAAAGACCUUGAUCAAAGAAUGGGGGCUUUGUCUGAUGGAAAAGUAUUGAGUAUAGGAGAUAAAGCACCAGUUGAUACUGAGCUGGUGGAUGCACGCUCUGGACAAUCUACAUCCAUAGAACAGUUCUUAGCAGGCGGAAAGCACAUUGUUCUUGUUCUACUAAGACAUUUCGCGUGAUUACCGUGACGAAAUCACGUUGCACAACUCGAAAGAGCCAUGGAUGACAUUACAAAAGCAAACGGGUCAGUAAUUCUGAUUUCAUUUGGACUAAUAGAAGGUGCGGAAAAGUGGUUAGAAGAAACAAAGUCGAGUUUCCCGAUGCUUUUGGAUACUGAAAGACGAAUUUAUUUAGCGUUUGGUCUUCCAAGGUCAGUUGCAAAAGUUUGGGGAGUUGGCAGUAUGGUAUAUUAUGCAGAGAAGAUGACACAGGGUAUACCACUACCAAAACCUUACGAAAACAUCCAUGACGAUGCAAUUCAGAUGGGAGGCGAUUUCAUUAUUAAUAAAAAUGGAGAUGUCACCUUUUUGUAUUGCAGCCAAACUUCGAGCGAUAGACCAUCGAUUCCAACCGUACUUGAAGCUAUUAAAGGUUGUGAGAAAUAAAUGUGACAAAAACUGGAACUACACAUAGUAUUUGAUUUUCGACAUGAAAGUGUAUGAUAGUUAUAGCUGAAAACAAAGAAUGUUGGCUGUAGCUGGAUCGAACUUUUUGUCAUCACAUGCUAAAUUUUAGUAUUUUGUUGCGUUUAUCAUUUUCAAAAUUUAUUAGUUAAUUUAUAAAUGAUAUAUGUGGCA